AUGACUCGCAGUUCUUUUACUAGGUCUCGCCGACAAUUUCAACCCAGGCUGCUGGCCUCUCCGCCGCCACCCGAUAGUGGGAGCAUCACUUUACCGCCAAAUACACUAGAGCUCGCCCAUGUUAGCGGGAUGCAGACUGUUACUCCGCCUCCAUCGCCUAAACUCUUGCCACCGUCAUCCUCGUGUAGACCUCGGCAUCGGGCCUAUCAGUACUGGGGAUAUCUGGAGCCACUCAACGUAGGCACACCAUACCGAAACUGGUAUUUUAGCAGAACGAAGACAUCGUAUAGGAUUGGUAGUGGGAACACCAUGGACCUUCAAGUUACGACAGCAGGCUCUAUCAUUUUUCACCACACCACGAUAUCGUGGAACAAAACCGACGACGAUGGGGCGGUGCAGGUGGUGGGCUACUCCGGCCAUCACGGUGAGCCUUACGGUACUUACAUCAACGACCAACGGAUCCCAGACAACACACCAACUACGCUAUGUCACGGGGACCGUCUCACAUUUGGAACCAUAGGAGUCAUGAGCGCUGACGAAGAUUUGCGGUUCGUCUGGCUUCAAUGCACUCAUAACGGUUGGCUCGACCACUACUACCAGCAGGAUUCCGGACACUUUGGUAUGAAUCUCGAUGAGUUGAAUAAUUUCUACGACUUUCCUGGUGCGUAUACCGGUGCCUACCAACGCAACGACAAUCCCCAGGAGGAUCCCGAUGAAUAUCAUCCCAAGAAAUAUCCUGUUGGAUAUCGUGCCAAAACCCCCGAAUGUCUCGAUGACUAUCACUUCGACGACACUGAUGAGUCUACUCCCAGUGACCCAUUGGCGUUUGCCGGGUGGUAA